GUCUUUUGCUAAAAAUGCGACGCUUAGCAAGCAAAUCCACUCUGUGGGAAAUAAACUGAAAUAAAGCAUGACAGUGAAUGGCAUUGAAGCGAUUUUGUUUUUCUCUCUCGAGGGAAGGACGUGAUAUGCAUCGUUGAUUACAAAUGUAUAAAUCCCUUUAAGAGGAGUGUAAGCGGCUAGCUAUAGUGAGAUCAUGGCGUCCUGCGUUUCAGACAAGAUGGAGUGUAACAAGCACCCAGGAGAACUAAUUCAAAGACUCUGCGCCAACUGCAACGUCUACGUGUGUCUCGAAUGCGUUUCUUUGAACCAUUCUGGACAUACGUUCAAAAAGUUCCGAGAUAUCAUGGAAGAGAAGAAAAAAGAACUUGAGCACAUUGUGAAAUUGUCGAGAGAUCAAACUUUAGAGGAUCUAGAGAAAAAAGCAGAGCGAGCUAAAAAGCAGAAGGAAGCUUUCUGUGAAGAAAUUCAGAAGAAUAUCGAUAUGGUGCAAAAGCGGGCCGAUGUUUUGAAAUCAACUGUGGACGCUGUAAGGAAUGGAUACUUGCAGGAGAUGGAAAAGACCAAGGAUGACCAUGUUAAGGAGUUCGAAGACGCGGAAGAGAAACUCCGAGAAACUAUAAGGUCAGUAAAAUGUUUGAUUGAGGGUUAUGACCUCGUGCUUAAAUCCGACAACCAGAGUUCUGUGAUCGAAUGCUCGAGGAACGCUGAGCACGAAAUAGAGAAAACGAUACCGAAUAUAUCCAUUCCAAACUAUAGUCACCAAAACUUGUCUUUCCCGGAGGUAGACGAGGAGAUCAAGAAGCUGUUCGUACAAGUGGAAGAUGAGAACGACUUGUCGUCUGACUAUGUGGAGUGUGGGGGAAGUAGUGAUGAUAGCGACCCCACGGAUAUGAAGUUCACGUGCAGCACCCUCACCAGAAAUCGCCGGUCCCCAAUUAGGGUGAAGAGAAACAAUAGUAGAGCCCUAAAUAGGAAGACCAACCGUAUUCUGCUGAGUGCGGAUAUACGUACCCCUGCCAGAAUGAAAGUCGGGCGCGAUGACCAAAACGUUUCAUCCAUUUUUGCUGCGCAUUCUGGGGAAGCUUGGAUGAACAUUACUGGGGGGAGGCUCGCCAGUGAAAUACAGAGAGUCCUAAAACAUGGGCAGAUAAGUGACAGGAUAACCAGGGAAGCCGAGGACUUUUCAAUAGGACCGACUGAUAAAUUGUACACAACAGAGCUAGUUGGAUCUCUCAUCUUUCAAUACAACUUGCAGGACAAAACGUUCAGCACUUUGACUGACCUAUCCCCUAACACAGUCAAAGGCAUCAAAGUCCUGAGAUCCGGUGACCUUGCAGUGUGCCUGCUAGAUAAGGACAACUUUACGAUAUCCAAGCAAUCCAAAAGAACAAUCAGAAUCUUGAAUCCUGCAGGAAAGUUCUUGAGUGACAUUGAGUUUGCUGGCAACAGCAGUAACAAGUUGUUUGUCAACCCACAUAGAGUUGAGGAGAGGAUGGACGAUUUCUGUGUCGUUGAUCGUCUGUCUGUGAACGAGGGUCGAUUGAUCGUUGUCUCCAAAUCCAGUAAAGUCCGCUUUACUUACACAGGGUUUGAAAAAGACCCGAGACACAAGUUUGACCCUCGAGACGUCGUGGCUGCGAGCGACGAUUCGAUUUACAUCGCCGAUCGUAAUUACGGCAUUCAUCAGUUGACCCCUCUUGGAUUGUUUGCAAGGUACUUGAUAACCUACGAGGACAGUCUCUUCCGCCCCCUGGCGGUUACUAUUGAUGACGAGCAGACGGUCUGGGUCGGUUGCGAGAAAGGCAUUGUCCAGAGGCUAAAGACUCAGUGCUGUGACGUUUUUAUUGAGGAGAGCGACAUCCCGGAAUCUUGUGCGUAGUGACCAUAGGAAUCCGAAGAACCGAAACAAUGCAAAUUCCUUAUUUGGCUUUAUUUGUUUUUUAAUGUAAAUGCUUUUAUUUGAUUGAUUUGACCAUAACAUAUUUUAUUGCAUUAUAUAUUACAAUGACAUUGGGCGCAAGUUGUAAACUUAAUUCGCCCUCUCUCGACAUGUUUCAUAUGCUUUUUAAAUGCUUUAAUAUAAUGUUAUUUUGCGCUUUUUGGUCAAUCUUGUAGAGUCAAGAAUUGGAUUACAACAUACACAAGACUAGUCAAAUGGACAGAGAAGUCUUUUGAGCUUUAACUGUGGCUUAAAUGUAUUUAUAUUAAAUAAAAAUGGUGAAUAAAACAACCUAUAGCUGUAUUUUACUCGAAGAUAUAGAAUUUAUCGCUGAAAAAAAUACCACUAGAAUUCCUUA